AUGGAGCCUACCCAAUUUUUCACCGACGCAUUUGUCGAGGAGCUUUGUGAUAAAGCUCCGCACAAGGCUAACACCGACGCACUUGCCGAUGCGGCUUAUGAUGAAGAUCCACAGCCGGCUCUCUUGGGCCUCGACAAAUGGAAAGUACCUGAGUCAAUUUUCCGCGCAGAUGGUUCCUGCAUGUCCAUCUGGGAACUUGCUCGUGCUAAUGGAUAUCACUUUGAAGGAGACCCAGAUGUGGCUCCCGGCUCUGCUUUUGACAACGCCUUUCUUGAACUCGGUGUCGACCCUGUUAUUGGUCCAGCGACUGAGGAUCACCUUGAGCUUGACCCUGAAUCAUCUGCUCCCAUCGUUGUUGAUUAUGUGACCCCACGGAGCACUUGUGCCAACCAGCUGACAGUCUAUCCGCUGGAUACCCUCAACUCUCUCGAAAACGCCGACCUGGGUCCUCCCCUUUCUGUCGUUCAAGUUGCUCCCGCCACUGAUGCUCCAAUCACAAAACACCCUCCGGUCAUUAUUGAUCAGGCCCCUAAAGUCGCUCCUGUCACUGCUGCUGCAGUCAGCCAAGUCGCUCCUUUCACCCCCAGUGCAGCAACUGGGACGGUCAAGGUUUUUGCUUUGCCACAAGGCAAAUCGUCUGCUAAGCGGCCACCCAAGCAGAGAGCCAAGCGGGUCCCCAAGAACAAGCAAGAUGACGAGCUACACAAAAAGCAGAAGAAGACAAAGGCCAAAAGCACCCCACUCAAGGCGAAAGGGAAGACAACUCUAGCCCCAGUCACACCACCACAGAAGAUUGCGCCUGCCCCGAUGACACCAAAGCCCGCCCCAACUCCUUUCCCUACUUCGAUGACUCCAAUACCAGCGGGCCAACAGCAGCAGCUUCAACUCGAACAGCGUCUUCGAAAUCAAGAGCAGUAUCUUCGUAUUGAAUGGAAGCAACUUCAGCAGCAGCAAGCUCAUCUCAAACGUCAGCCGCCACCUGGAGACCCUCAGCAGCUCCAGAUCUAUGAACAGCAGCGUCAGCUCCACGAACAGCAAUUUAAGCUGUGCCAACACAAGGUCAUGCAACACAAAGAGCAAGUCCGUCAAUACCGGCAUCAGCAGCAGCAACAGUGUGCAAUGCAACAAUCCCAUCAAUUCCAAGCUGCAGCGGCCCAGCAAGUUCAGCAGCCCACCCACCAAAUGCAAGCAGUUUAUCCCACCCCUCCCAAGGAGCGCAUGCAGUCUGUGAUGCAACAGUCCCAGCGACUCCAAGCUUCGGCGGCUCAGCGAGUUCAGCAGCCCAUCCACCAAAAGCAAGCAGUUUAUCCCACGCCUCCCAAGGAGCGCAUGCAAUCUGUGAUGCACGAAACUCAGGAAGUUUAUCCCAGCCCUCCCAAGGAGCGAAUGCAGACUACGAUGCAACAAACUCAGCGACUCCAAGCUUCAGGGGCUCAGCAAGCUCAUCCACCCACCCAGCAAAUGCAGGGAAUCUAUUCCACACCUACCAAGGAGCGUAAGCAGUCUGUUUCUUCCCUUUCUGCCGCUUCGACCAGCAAGAGAACUUUCGAGUUUAUGGAGAGCAUUGUGCCUAGCAACUUUGUGGCCAACCCAAACAAUCAUGCGCGAUGGACUGUUAGCCCUAACGGCGACCGAACCUACUUGAACGGACCCCAGACGAAGAAGGCACGAGUUUCUACAAAGUAG